GCAGGUGACAACCCCUUUUCAGCCAUCGUUCGUUCAGAAUGCCGCUCCCUAACGCUGUCCCAUUGUCACAGCGAUUAUCGCGUCGUGUAACGGUUUCCAUUGUACUCUAUGUACUUCUUUCUUGCUUGGCGGAACCUUUGGUCAAGUUGAUUUCUGUUUUCGCACAACGACCGCAGGAUUCAAAAUCGGACGUCGAUGAACUUACAGAUGAAGGAAUUCUCCAACGCUUCAAAACCGCCCCAGAGAUCGAUUGCUCUGUCCGUCGUCUCACACCUCGCACGAUUGCCAAAGCCACGAUCGAACCAGGAAAUCCACCAAACUCUUCAGAAGCCAAUGCCCUAAAUAUGGUUCAUGCACGAACCACGAUUCCUGUCCCGAGAGUGCGACGAGUCAUUAAAGAAGAAUGGUCCUUUGUGAUCGUAAUGGAUUAUAUCGAGGGCCCGACGCUAGCUGAAGCAUGGCCAAACCUCUCUUUGUGGAAGAAAUUUUCCAUUAUCCUCAUUUUACGCAGUUACAUCUCUCAGCUCCAUCGCUUGCAAGCAACUCCCCAAACACCCCCAGGCCCAGUGUGUGAACAUACCGGUGAACCCGCCCGAAAAUGUGUAUCGCCGCUGUUUGGCAGGACUCGACCAAAACGAGGUCCCUUUGCAUCCUAUAUUGAACUCUCAGAGUUUUUCAACCGCCAAGCUAGGAUUGGUCUGAGCCAUUUUGGAGUUUCCAACAACGAUCCACUCCGUAACGAAUUGUUCGACGAUACCGCACCCCUUGUUCUCACUCAUUCCGAUAUCAACCCUCGGAAUCUGAUUCUAGGCUCAGAUGGGAGGUUAUGGAUGAUUGAUUGGGGGUGGUCUGGGUUUUACCCUCCUUGGUUUGAAUAUAUGUCCAUGAGGGAACAGGCAGAAAAUGAAAUACUCAAUGGUUUUCAGGACAGACUAUGGGAGUUGGCAAUUCCGUUCUGUUGCGGGAUUUAUUUUCGGCAGGAGCAGUGGAUGGCCAGGACGGGCCCCGCCCUGUCGUUUCACAAGUAGAUUAUGGGGUCGAGGUACUUUAGAUACUGUAUGAAGAAAAGCGAUAAGAUAUUUCUUUAUGCCCGGCUUGCUGCGUCCCGAAAACUUCAUUUAUCAUGAUGCAUAUCUAUGUAGUUUGCUUUCUGCGGCGUGUCCAAUUAAGGAUUAUCUACUACCAGCCUCGAUUUGAAUCUUACGACUUCCUCUGUAAAUCAAAUCUGUUUCUGAAGAACCUUGAACCUUAAUUUAGCAUGGUCUGUUUAUCUAGGCAAAACUAGAAGCGCUUCAAGCAGAAAGGACGUU